GAAGAGUCCCGCAGUCGGAGGCGGCCGGCUGGGCGUGCGCUCGCUACCCGCAGCCGGGGCUGGGCCGGAGCCGGGCGAGGGCUGGGGCCAGGGCUGGGCCAGGUUCGGCGGGCGAGGGGCAGCGGCCGGAGCUGGGCAGCCAGGCCGUAUCGGGCAGGGAACGGCGGGCGCGGGGUCUGCGGUCUCCUGAGCCCCGAUGUGAGGCGGUGGCGCCCCGGCCCGAGCGCGCACCAUGGGGGCCCCGCUCGCUGUGGCGCUGGGCGCCCUCCACUACCUGGCACUUUUCCUGCAACUCGGAGGCGCCACGCGGCCCGCCGGCCACGCGCCCUGGGACAACCACGUCUCCGGCCACGCCCUGUUCACAGAGACGCCCCACGACAUGACGGCGCGGACGGGCGAGGACGUGGAGAUGGCCUGCUCCUUCCGCGGCAGCGGUUCCCCCUCCUACUCGCUGGAGAUCCAGUGGUGGUACGUGCGGAGCCACAGGGACUGGACCGACAAGCAGGCGUGGGCCGCGAACCAGCUAAAAGCAUCUCAGCAGGAAGACACAGGGAAGGACGCCACCAAAAUAAGUGUGGUCAAGGUGGUGGGCAGCAACAUCUCCCACAAACUGCGUCUGUCAAGGGUGAAGCCCACGGACGAAGGCACCUACGAGUGCCGUGUCAUCGACUUCAGCGACGGCAAGGCCCGGCACCACAAGGUCAAGGCCUACCUUCGGGUGCAGCCCGGAGAGAACUCGGUCCUGCACCUGCCCGAAGCCCCGCCCGCUGCACCCGCCCCGCCCCCCCCAAAGCCGGGAAAGGAGCUGCGGAAGCGUUCGGUGGACGAGGAGGCCUGCAGCCUCUAGACUGAUGCCUACCCGGCCACCCACCCGCCCCGCGCCCCUACAGCUGUACAGAGUGCAUGAGGAGCCGCUGGAUCGCUGGGGACGGGACUGCCUGGGUCCAGCCGCCUCCCCAUCCCCGAGACUGCCUGUGGCCACCACGUCGGCCCUCUGCCCGCCACUCCCUUGCUCAGCAUGUAAGCCCUGCCCAACCCUCCCUUUUCAGACCCCUGCGGUGACCUGGCUCGGAGAAGGUGGCCCCAGGGCACCAAGGGGACGACCCCCCAAAUGCUGGGGCGGGCACCAUGCGGGGGCCAGGCUGCCUCUCUGUCACCAGCUUCAGUGGAGUCCAGUGUUUUGCUUUGCUUGCUUGUCCCCUAUCCUGUCCCGAGCCGGGCCUCCCAGCCUUACUCUCCCUCCUUUCCCAUCAUCCCCCGUUUGAACCUGGGGGUGUGGACUGUGACCCCUCCCAGAAUUUGGACUGGAAUCUUCUGAGCAGAACUGGGGCCUCUACCCUGGCGAAGAACUGGGGCACGGAGCCCCCAGGAGAGCCUUGCCCUGGGCCUGUGGCCCAUGAACAGGGUCACUCACAGGGGUCCUGGGAGGAGAGGGAGACACCCCACUGCCUCCUGGGGGGUCCUUCAUGUUCAGCUUCCUUAUACCUAAGAAACAGCUCCCUGUCCCACCCUCCGCAGAGGUGGGGGGACCAGGAAUCUGCCCCUUCACGUGGCAAGUCUGAAGGAGGGCCUUUUCCCUCUGACCCAGUGGCCCUAUGCAGAGUUUUGCACCAGCAGGACCCCUUCCAGGGUCUUCGAGGCUCUCCCAGGAGCCCCCCUCUGCCAGCUCCCAAUGUCCCAGCCGCCUCCUGGGGCCCAUGCCACACCUACCCAAGGGCCUGGGGCUGUUGGGAGCCAAAGGUCCCCCAGUACCAAUCUCCUCACAAUUCCCAACUAGGGGGACACCCACCCCCUGGUAAUUUGUAAAUAUUUCUAUUGGGCCCAACACCCCCUGGGAACUGGCUCAAACCUCUGGCCGCCCCUCAGUGAUGGAGUUGGGAUGUGGGAGAGGCCGAGGGCUCUGCCCAGGGGUAUGGGGGUAACCCUGUACACAUGAUCCAAUCCGUGACAACCAGCCAACCUGAAUAAAGCGGUUUAAAGAAACCUCCAGGCGGUGUCUUUCU